AAUGUACUCUGUUCGUUUGUCCGAACUUGAUCACAUGUCUGUCCAUUAUCCAUCCGGAAAGUAGCAGCUUCAUGUCGCGCUUUAAAAGUUGGUGACACGGUUGAAUUUGCCGGUAUAGAGAAUAUGAGAUUGUCUACUUUGUUGUAAAGCCAGCUGGACACACAGCAGUCAUCUACUGAUCAUUUAUACCUGUUGAAAGUGUGUAAUUAUGUGUUUCUAGGUUUCUUAUAGCCCAAAGAGAAAAUGGCCUUUUCUACCAGUGCUAAGAUGAAUAAAGCUGUGAAGCAGGAGUACAUGGCCCUGCCACAGGGAGACAAAGUGCAGGCCAUGUACAUCUGGAUUGAUGGGACAGGAGAGGGACUCCGUUGCAAGACCAGGACUCUGGACUCAGAACCCAAGUCAAUUGAAGAACUCCCAGAGUGGAAUUUUGAUGGCUCCAGUACAUACCAGGCUGAGGGCUCGAAUAGUGACAUGUACCUCAUACCAAAGACCAUGUUUAGAGACCCAUUCAGGAAGGACCCCAACAAGCUGAUCCUUUGUGAGGUUCUCAAAUACAACCGAAAACCUGCAGAAAGUAACCUUCGUCAUACAUGUAAAAGGAUCAUGAAGAUGGUGGAGCACCAGCAUCCAUGGUUUGGAAUGGAACAGGAAUACACACUCCUUACCACAGACGGUCAUCCUUUUGGCUGGCCCACAAAUGGUUACCCUGGACCACAAGGUCCUUAUUACUGUGGUGUGGGAGCAGAUAAGGCCUUUGGCAGAGACAUUGUUGAGGCCCAUUACAGAGCAUGUCUAUAUGCCGGAGUUCUGAUUUGCGGCACCAAUGCAGAAGUCAUGCCUUCUCAGUGGGAAUACCAAGUGGGUCCUUGUGAAGGCAUUGACAUGGGUGACCACCUGUGGAUAUCUCGUUUUAUCAUGCACAGAGUUUGUGAAGACUUUGGAGUUGUGGCCUCAUUUGACCCCAAACCCAUGAAAGGCAACUGGAAUGGUGCUGGCUGCCACACCAACUUCAGCACUAAGGAUAUGCGAGAGGAUGGAGGCCUCAGGUAUAUUGAGGAGGCUAUUGAGCGGCUGGGCAGGAGACAUCCCUACCACAUUCGUGUCUACGAUCCAAAAGGAGGGCUGGACAAUGCUAGGCGUCUUACUGGUCGCCAUGAAACAUCCGGCAUCCACGAUUUCUCAGCUGGCGUGGCAAACCGUGCUGCCAGUAUCCGAAUCCCAAGAACCGUGGGCCAGGAGAAGCGAGGUUAUUUUGAGGAUCGCCGUCCUGCGGCUAACUGCGACCCAUAUGCUGUGACGGAAGCAAUCAUUCGUACUUGUCUACUUAAUAAGGAACUAGACUAGACCAAAUUAGUUUUUUGUCACUCUCCAUUUUGAGUGUUAACUUGGGUUUUACUUACUGCCCUAAUGGUUUUAUAUUCCUUUUAUCAUGAUGUCUUGUUCUUAUUACGGGUCACUCCCACCUUGUUAGACAUUACAGGAUGAGGUCCAGUAGUGCUGAUUAAUGUGCCAAAUAUGCAUUAAAUGUUGGCCAAUCGUUUUAUUUAAGUAAAGUGACAUGACAUACGGCUAAGUAUGGUGACCCAUACUUAGAAUUUGUUCUCUGCAUUUAACCCAUCCAAAGUGCACACACACAGCAGUGAACACACACACACACACACCGUGAACACACACCCGGAGCAGUGGGCGGGUUCAGUGCCUUGCUCAAGGGCACCUCAGUCAUGGCCAGCCCGAGACUCGAACCCACAACCUUUGGCUCUACCCACAACCACGACUCUAACCAUUAUGCCACGACUGCCCAAGUAUUGAUUUAAAAAAAAAAACAAUGUUUUUUAAACAAAAUAUGAGCAUAUUUUGUUUAAAAAACAUUGUUUUUAAACAAUGUUUUUUAAACAAAAUAUGAGCAUAUGAAUAUAAUAGGCCAAUAUGUGUCCCUAUAUUUAUAUAUACAGAUGCAGCAGCUCAGAAUUGCUGUUUGACUACUGCAUGAUCACUGUGUGAUUCUGCCAGACAUCCACCAGGAGUGCUACAAUGUUCUUGUUUCCCCGCUCUGACGUAGUUAAUGAGUAGCUGCCUUAUUCACGCCCCUACGCGCGUCUGUUGCAAUGACGCAUUGAUCCACCAGGUGUCGCAGUGAUCAGUGUAACAGCUGCUGGCAUUAACCAAUGAAACGUCCCUAAAUUAAAUGUAAACAAAUUGCAGCAGAAAGAGAGAGAGAGAGAGAGAGAGAGAGAGAGAGAGAGAGAGAGACCGAUCAGACACGGCCUCGCAUUGUCAUGGAUAUAAAUAUCUAUAAAAAUUUAUAUUUUUAUGAUAUUAAAAUCCUUACACAGUC